UCCAGAUGUAUUGUUGUUGUCACUGUAUUUGCUGUUGGUUGCUGCGAAAUGCAUUCUGGGAUACUUUCUGUGUGAUUUUUUUUUUUGUUAUUUUAAUGUUUUUUUUUCACAGAGGGGGCGUGGUUUCCCGUGUGGCUGCACCUGUUUCAACCUCUGAGCCGGAAGAAAGACGUUAAUUUUCCUCUUCAUAAAAUGUUUGACAUUAAAGUCACAGCUGAUUCAAACAGAAGAAGAAGAAGAAGAAACGCGUGGAUCUGCGGGGACUCCUCUCUUCUCUUCUUCUCUGACCUGCAGAAUGGCGUCCUGGUGUUGGUCGUCUCUGGUCCUCUGUCUCCUCCUCACGUCGUCCUCGGCUCAUGACGACUUCUUCACCUCCAUCAGUAAGAUGACUGACCUGCUGUUCACAGAGAAGGACCUGCUCACGUCUCUGAAGAACUACAUCCAAGCAGAGGAGAAGAAACUGGAGCAAAUCAAAACGUGGGCUGAUAAACUGGACGUCCUCUCAGCUGCUGCCACUCAGGACCCUGAAGGUUUCCUCGGUCAUCCAGUGAACGCCUUCAAACUGAUCAAGAGGCUCAACACUGAGUGGGCGGAGCUAGAGAGUCUGGUGCUGAGUGACAUGUCUGAUGUCUUCGUCUCUAACCUCACUGUCCACAGACAGAACUUCCCUGACUCUGAUGAUGAGACCGGAGCAGCCAAAGCUCUGAUGAGACUGCAGGACACGUACCAGCUGGACACGGACGCCAUCGCCACUGGACAGCUGCCAGGCUCCUCCUCUAACCGCGGCUCUCUGACGGUCAGCGACUGCUUCGACAUCGGGAGGGUGGCGUACUCUGAAGACGACUACUAUCACAUGCAGCUGUGGAUGAUUCAGGCUCUGAAGCAGUUGGACCAGGGAGAGACGUCCAGCAGCGUGGACGCCAUCACCGUCCUGGACUAUCUGAGUUACUCACUGUACCAGCAGGGGGAGCUGGAGAGAGCGCUGCAGCUCACCAAGAGGCUGCUGGAGCUCGAUCCGACGGACGAGCAAGCUACCAAAAACCAAAAGUACUACGAGCAUCAGUUGUCCAAUCAGAAGGGAGCGGAGGAAGGAGUGGAGGAAGGGGCGGAGUCUGCAAGGAGACCAAAGGGGGUGACACACAAUGUCCCUGACGACUUCCUGCCAGUGAUGUGGAGCUACGAGGAGCUGUGUCGAGGCGAAGGCGUGUCGAUGACGCCACGCAGGCAGAUCCGCCUCUUCUGCCGUUACUACGACAACAAUCGCCAUCCGAGGUACGUGAUUGGUCCAGUGAAGCAGGAGGUCGAGUGGGACCGCCCCCUCAUCGUCCGCUACCAUGACAUCGUGUCGGACAAAGACAUGGAGACGGUCAAAGAGCUCGCCAAGCCCCGGCUACAACGAGCCGGCGUCCAUGAGGCAAAAAGUGUUGACUACCGCAUCAGUAAGAACGCGUGGCUAAGAGAACACGAACAUCCAGUCGUCGAUAAGAUCAACCAGAGGAUCGAGGACAUCACGGGUCUGGACAUGUCCACAGCCGAAUACCUGCAGGUGGCUAACUACGGUGUUGGUGGACAGUACGAGCCUCACUAUGACUUUGGACCGGAAGACAAAUCAGAGGAGUUUGGAAGGAGAAUCGCCACCUGGCUGCUUUACAUGAGUGAUGUACAGGCAGGGGGCGCCACAGUCUUCACUGAUGUCAGAGCUGCUGUGAAGCCCAUAAAGGGGACGGCCGUGUUCUGGUACAACCUUUAUGCCAGCGGAGAAGGAGACGGUCGGACGAGACACGCCGCCUGUCCGGUUCUGGUAGGGAGCAAAUGGGUGUCCAAUAAAUGGAUCCAUGAGCGAGGACAAGAGUUCAGGAGACGCUGCGGUCUCCGCAAAACGGACUAGCAACGCUAACACUGCCCCCCUCAGGCCGCACGUGUGAUGUCACAUGUUUAUUUUCCUGUGUGUGUGUGUGUGUGUGUGUGUGGACAUGUGACCUUUAAGUGUAACUUUUACAACCGAUUUGACUUUUUGUUCCACGAUUAAUGAGCCGAUCGUCGAUUAUUGAUCAGAUUCUGUGAUCAGUUCAGAUUUAGCCACACACUUUUAUUUUGAAAAGCAGAAAACUUUCCAAAAUCACUCCAAAGAGUUACUGAUCAGCAAAUAUACAUUUUAUUGAUAAAGAAAAACUUUAUUGAUCCAGAACUGGAGAACAUUUUUAUUUAUUUAUUUUGUUAAAAACACACAUUAUUGCUCCAUCUGUGUGUGUGUGAUCAUGUGUUUUUUUGAUUGAAAAAAUGCUGUCAUAUGUUUAUAUUUUUUGAUUGAAUGUGGAUUAAAAAAAUAUAAUUUUAUUAUAAUAAUAAAUGUCACUAUUUAUCCAAUAACCUUCUGAUUUGUGUUUUUUAUUUAUUUAUUUCUGUCUGUCUUUUUAGUCAACUGCUGAUUUGGUUUUAAGUUCUUUGUUUGAAUUAUUUAACACUUUUAGUUUAUUGUUGACUACAAACUUUAUUUUCGUGGAAAACAGAUUAAAUGAUGACGUUUCAGUUACAAACCAAAUUGACCUUCAACGAGGUUUUUGUUUAUCCUGAUUUAUCCUGAAACUUUCAGCUCUGUCACAUCCGUCAGAAUCAGCGGGACAUUUCAGAAGCGCAGGCCGGAAAAGCGCUGCUCUCCGCGGGCACUCGGAGCGCCGAGCGCCCGCUCUCCUGGGUGAACUCCGGCGAGCUCCGUUAGCCGUUAGCUGCGCUAAUAUCUCCGAUAACACCGGAGCAAAUCCACAAUUAAGCGCUUUCUUGACAAGUCGACCGCAGGUUUGCAGUCUAAACGUCUACUUUUCUCGCAUGAAAUCGUCGUAA